CUGCAAGGCCCGCAGUAUUGCUUAUUCUAUUCGGCUCAUUCUUCUUCUUUUUCUGUUCUUGCCUUGCCGAUCCGAAGUAUGUGGUGCCGGCGUCUCCUCUGGCUUUUGGCUUGGGGUUUUUAACCUCUCAUUUCCUGCAUAACAUUGCAUCAACAUCUUUCCUUCCCCCCAUUCCCUUUCAUCCACCCAGCCCACCCCUUAACACCGUUAAAGAUGCAAGGGCUUCUUCAGGGGAUCAUCAUAGCACUGGCUGCAUGGGCGAACAGCUCAGCCGCCAGAAGCAUCCAGCAGCAACAGCCUUCGACUAGCAAUGUUACGCCUGUGAACAUAUGCCCCAGAGCAAUGGAUAAUUGGGUAGACGAUAUCAAAACAGAACUCGUCCCGAAGCUGUCGCCAGGGGCCAAGGUCUAUCUCCCUGGCUCUGGCGACUUCGACACUGCCACAGCUCGCUGGUCUGCCCUUAGAGCACCUACUGUUAACGCUGCCAUUUCGGCGGCCGUUCCUCAAGAUGUCGUUGAAACGGUAGGUUCAUUUAUCUUCCGUUUCUCCUCUUCGGAAAUUUCAUUUAUGCGAUAAGUCAUAUAUACUCACAGGGAGACAGGUCAAAUUCGCAAAUAAUAAGGGUGUUAAGUUCCUGACUUACAACUCUGCCCAUGGCGCCCUCACCUCCCUGGGCAAGGUAGACAGUGGCAUCGAGAUAUUCAUGAAACAGCUCAACAGUGUCGAAAUCGCCCAGGAUGGCAAAUCGGUCAAGGUUGGAGGUGGAAUAAACUCCAAGUAUCUCGUUGACACUCUCUGGGAUGCUAAGAAACAGGCCGGUCAGUCCUUUUUAACUUUCAUUUAGUUAUUACAUCUAUUUUUUUUAUUAUGGCCUAUUUGAUUACUGACUCGCGUUUUAGUCACCGGAACCUGCGAGUGUGUCAGCUAUCUUGGACCAGCUCUUGGAGGCGGCCACGGCUGGCUCCAGGGUCACCAUGGCCUAAUUGCCGACCAGUUCCUGUCGAUGGAUGUUGUCCUUGCCGAUGGCACCCUCAAGACUAUCGACAGUAACUCCGAUCUCUUCUGGGCGAUGAACGGUGCCGGCCAUAACUUUGGCAUUGUCACUUCCGUCACCCUCAAGAUCUACGAUAUAGAACACACCGACUGGGCUAUCGAGACUUUGACUUUCUCCGGUGAUAAGGUCGUGCCUGUCUAUACAGCUGCCAACAACCUCUUGAAGAAGCAGCCAGAAGGUGUAGUCCAAUGGUCGUACUGGCUCAACAACCCCAGUGCCGAUGCCAACAAUGUCAGUUUUCCUUUCUUUAUUAAUAUAUACAAGCGUAUAUAUAUCCCAUUACUAAGAUCAAUACCUUCUAGCCCGUUAUAAUUGUCUACCUCAUCCAAGAGGGUGUCAAGCAAGUCGACCCGGCCAUCACCGGCCCAUUCCAUGACAUUGGUGCCCUCAACGUCCAGCCCGAUUCGGGUACAUACAGGGACUUAGCCAAAUGGACCGGUAUCGCUCUUGACUCGCCACCAUGCCAGAAGACGGGUGCCUCCAACCCUCGCUUCCCUAUCUACCUAGAGUCCUUCAACGUACCGGCCAUGCAACAAGCUUACAAACUGUAUGCCUCUCAGGCCAAUGUCUCUGGACCCUUCCACAACUCCAUCUUCAUGUUCGAAGGGUACUCUACCCAGGGCGUCAAGGCCGUCGACCCCAAGAGCGCCGCGUUCGCCUUUAGGUCAGACAACUUCCUUGCCGCUCCGCUUAUCAGCUACGAGUCUACCGGCUCUGAUCUUGACCAGAAGGCCAUUGACCUUGGCCAACAGCUGCGUCAGAUCCUUCUCAAGGGCAGCGGCCGCUCGGAACUCCACACGUAUGUCAACUAUGCUUUCGGCACCGAGACUCCUCAACAAUGGUACGGCUACGAGCAAUGGCGUCAGGACAAGCUCAAGGCCCUGAAGCAGAAGUAUGACCCCGAUGGGAAAUUCAGCUUCUAUGCACCGAUUGUAUGAACGACGAAUGAAUGAUAUAUAUAUAUGUA